AUGAAAGCAGGAGGUGAUAUUACCAAUGGGACGCCACCUGUUCGAGCACAAUCUCCAGCCCCCCCUCCGGGAGAGGAACCAACCAGUUCUAAACCGGUGGUCCUGAGCAAAUUCACGAAGUGGCUGCAUUGGCUCCGCAAAGACCCCAAGUUGGAAAACUCCAUCGAGAAGGUGAAGAAUGUCAUGAACGAAGAAGGUGGCAAGGACGACAAGCACAUCAGUAAUAGGGAGCAAGUUGGCGGAGGAAAAAAGCAGAAAAAUGUCGGUUACUGCGAUGAAAAGAAGGUUUCGGAGACAGACCUCGAAGAAUGCGAGGACCAGCACGUCGGGCAGGUCAAAGUCUGGAAGAGAAAGGGGACAGCCUUGGGCGUUCCCUCAAAGGAACGCGAAGCCUUUGGGAAGAUUAUCAGUGACCUCGCAAAAGUCUUUGGAAUCAACCAGACCCGAUGUCACGUAUUUUUUCAUGGCGAGGACUCACAUCUGAUGGGUUUUAACCGCAAUGAUCAGAUAUUCUUCGGCCUGGAACACUAUAUACAGAACCAUAAGGAUGCUGCUGUUGGCAAGGCCUACAUCGAUUGGCAAGUACUCGCCCCAAACCCGAUCAUCAAUAUUUAUUGAUUUCCCGCAGGUACUAUAUCAUGGCGCACGAGAUGGCACACGUGCACACCCCAUACCACGACGAGCAUCAUGAACUCUUGUUUCAAGCGCUGACGACAAAAUAUUUGACUGAGCUCCAUAAUUUGCCAGCUGUGCGCGAGUUGUUCAAAUGCGCUUCCUAUUGAUUAUUUUGCUGUUUUGCUAGGGGGGAUUCUGGACG